CCUGCUGUGCCUGCUGGACAGUCCCCUUCUGAAAAGAAUGAAGUCUCUGGUCACCAAGUACCCAUGGCCUUUGUCUCUGCUGCUGCUGCUGCUGCUGCCGUUGAAACUGCAAGGGGACUAUUGGGAUUCAUAUGAAUAUGAAAUAGAUCCAGAAGUAAGGGACAGCUUACGGGAGCUUUAUAGUACAGGGCCUACCAAACCUCCCACCAAAGAAAGAAUCAAGGAAAUGAUCCUCGCUGAUCCUGAUCGACCGCUCUAUGGUGAUAAUUACUGCAAUUCUGAACUCAUGUCUAGAAACAUUCACUACAGGCGAGUCUGUUAUCCAGAGCACUAUUUUGUAGCCGAGAGCUAUUCCUAUCUACAAAAGACCUGCUAUGGCAGACGAGUGAGGUGUAAGCACAGGGCUACGUUCUGCAGAAGAAGCAUGGAGUUGGUGAAAGGAAUACAGUGUACUCUAGUAGCGGGCGAGAAGAUACCGGAAUGCUUGUACGAAAGCAACUUCUUGACAGGCUAUGCAGUUGUCACUUGUCAAUGGGACAGUGACAGCGAAGAAUUUAUUCCUAACAAUGUAGUUAAUAUUUUGGUGCCCAAGUAGCAGGAAAGCAUCCUCUACCAGAAACGUGUCUUCCCCCGACAUUCUAGGUUUCUCUAAGCAGCCACAUCUGGGAGUAUUUAGAUGCUGAUGCUGUUAAUCAAAGGUGAGAAUGGCAAUUUCAGUCAUUCCGUCAUCCACCUCCCUCCUUUCCUGUCCCCAGAGCAGUGAAAGGCAGCAUGUGCUCUGCUCACAUACUUACCCCUUGAAGACGAAGUCCUCUCUAGAUGUUGGAGAUGAAACGUAAGACUCUCAGAAUUGUGAAAACAUA